AUGGAUCAAUCAUGCAACGAAGCUAUUCAAAUACUCCAGGAGGUACUUACAAACGCAGAUCUACGUGCUGUGGCUGCGGGAGGACAAACGGGCGACUCUGAGACGUCAACAACACCACAUUUGCCCAUGGAGAAGAAACUUGCCGCCGUUUGCAUGCUGUUGCGCGAACAUUCACGAGUUUUACUAGAGCAAUUGUGUAGUAUUAAUGAGACGGCUUCAGGUGGAAGCUUAAAGUCUCCUCAAUGUAACGCUGCAAAUGAAUUCAACGACAUUAACGGUUACGCUUUACCGAGGAUAGUUGAUACCGCGUUGUUUGUGCGUAAAUCCCAGCUUCUGCGGGAGCGCGUCCGGCGCGUAAACUCCACGCUCGGCAGUGUGAAGCACGUCGGCUUACUGGGCGAUAGCUCUACUGGGCGACGUGUUAUAACGGAGCGGGCCCACGCUGCAGUAAAAGAACUUCUAGAUGUGGUGUUUACAGUCGCCUCGACCCUCUCUGUUACGCCCGUUUUGACCUUUUCUACCCAAGGUGGGGAGGACGUGGCUCCACGAGCCGUCAAAUUGCCCUCAGACGAGUUUUCCGCGGAACCCUUACUGGAGCACUCAGAACUUUGUAGACAAACGCAGGAUCAUAUAGUUACAAAUUAUCUUAUAUGUCACGAAGAUAGCGCAAUUAACUUGCCUCACCGCAAUGAAAAGGGAUUAAGCACAGUGAAGGAAGAGAGCAACGGUUACCGUAGUACAACAGGGAAGUUCCGUGUUGCCGUACUUAGCAAAUCAUUCCGCGGACCUCUCUGGCAGGGCCUGCUGCUCGAGGAGAACGCGAUAGUUGACGAUAUUGAUGGAACGCGCUGCACGUGGAAGGAUAUCUUUGCGAAGGAUGUAGGUGAGGCGUUUGGCAUCAACGCCCACUCUGUUUGGAACAUACGCGCUCUCGACGUUGGCACAGAAUGUGGGAGCGGUGCUGUGCAGCGGGUGCAGUUUCACAUUCGACUUCCUGCCUCUGUAGAUGACGCCAGAGCCGAGCUGCUUCUACGGCAAUGUGAGUUCUCGGGCUUGCUUGCCCAAUAUACUCGAUUGGAGGAGGAACUGGAGUCUGGUGGUGCUGGCUUUGCCAGCUCCCCAGCCGUAAAAGAUGCCAAUAAUGGCCACUGUGAACUAGAUGACGCCCCUCUGAAUACCCAUGGGAACGGCAUUUGGAACGGGGAUAAAUUACAGAGGUACAACGAUAUAAAUGACGAGUCCACUCUUUCAACCUUUCCAAUCACGUUGAGGGAAGAGGAGGCGCCUUCUUCUGGUCCACCUAGUCCUAACGAGGCAUUUCAUUAUGAUCCUGUUGGGCACACGGUGCGGUGGCCGCAGCAACCACCUGAGAGAGAAAGUGAGGUUCUUGGUACAGGCGGGGAGGGGCCGACACUGUUUCAGGCACGACUGAAUUUGGCUAGUUCAGAUGCUGCACCCGGUAAUUCCGUAGCGAAUUUUGGGGUGGAAAGUCAUGAUGCCGACGAUGCGUCGCAGGCACACGGUGCUGGCCCCUUACCGAACCAGGGGGAUGACAUCAGUAACUCACCGUCACUUCAGCCAAAUAGCUUCUCUGAGGAUUUACUCCCCAUUUCACUGUUUUCUUCCUCACAGCCGCAAGAAUCAUGCGAUGUAACGAAAAAACAAACCUCCGUUCUGCCGCAAGAGCAGAGCAUUAACCGGGAAUGGCUCUCCCAACUGCCCCCUCAACCUCCACAACGGCGACCGUACGCCAGUCAACAGGAUGCCCUGCAGCUCCUCACAACGCGGCACAAAAAGACAUUUUCUGGUACUGACUGGGAUAUAACAGUUAGCAGAUUUGAAGAUGAUAUUAUUCAGACAUUUUCGUCCGAAGUCACUGCACUUUUUGAAUUAUCGAGGGAGUGUGUGAAGGACGUUGAAUUUUCCCACGAGGAUAACAGUAUUGUUUUUGGGUUGGUGCACGACCGCUAUCUAUUGGAGGAUGAAAUAAAUGCUCUUAUUGCUGUAUUUGACUUCCCUCAAGUGCUCAAAAUUCACAAGCGUUGCCUCAACCAUGACAAACCGACCGCCGUCCGAUUUGACUGUGCUGCUGCGCAUGGAGCGGGAGGUUUGCACGAUCGUAUCGACGAAAACAAUGUGGUGACCACUGCACCACCAAAUGAUUUAUUGAGCAAAGAGGAAUGUUGUGCAACGCCACGGGGGCCGAACACGAGUGCUCAGCUCUUUGUCGAUGGUGGAGGUAGUAAUCCACUUGAAGGAGAGGAUGAGUGUAGUGAUAUAGCUGGUAUCGAUUGGCGACAACAGCAGGAAUUUUUUCUUCCUUCUCACGAAGAUUCACUUACGCCAGACAACGAGCCCGCAACACUUACCCAUAUCGCGCUUCUGCACGACGUUCCGCUCGAGUUGCUUAUCGCUUCAAAUCCGCACCUCGCCACGUUUGACGUCGACAUGCCCCUGCCCCAGUCUGCCAGGCUCCACAUCCCACGGUAUGGGCCCCUCACAGAAACACUUAGCAUGUCGCCGUCCCUACGAAGUCAAACACCCCCAUCACGCCGUGUCAAACAAGAAAUGAAUUUGAGAGCCGUAGCUAUGAAACUAGGUGUCAGCGUCCGCGAGCUGCGGCAAAGCAAUUCUCACCUUGACCGUUAUGGUGACACAGAACUUCUACCAUUGAGUUGCAGCAUUAACGUCCCAGCACUGCUUGUAGCCUCUGCUGAUAUUGGUAGUUUUAAUUCCUCUCAACGAAGCAGCCCUCAUUCAGUGGUACGCGCUACGAAUCGUACUCUGGACCAACAGCUUACCACAACUUGGCGUGGAAAGGACGGAACGCGUUACAGCUCGUACCAGGACCACAUACCAGGGGCCGGUGAGCAACCGUCUGAAAGUUUCCCCCCCAAGAAACCGUGUAGUGAACGAACCCUCGCACGUGUUGAAUCACGUUCACCCUCUCUACUAUCUCGUAGCGAGUCCAACAAGGAGCGCCGCUGGCAUUUUACGCCGUGGAGCGAGGGCGGGUCACCUAGUGCUCGUACUGCUCCGCGGAGUAGCACGGCGCGCUCAAUUCCUCCGUUCAUAGAAACUGCGGUCCGUGUUAUGACACGUGCAGUCAUGAAGUUUUUGCUGCUUCGUUUUUUCGCCAAGUGGCGGUUCUAUGCACGAGUGAAGGGUCACCAAGCGGUUAAGCAACCGAAGACCCUUUACAUGCAACUGAAGAAUCCCUCCCGUGGGGAAGCGCAGAGACUACCGACAACGGGAGGCAGCAAUAGAUCGCAGGAUGUGGUUGCGGAGAAGAGAUCUCGACCACAGGUGAGUGAUCUGCGAGCACGGUUACAGGAACUGAAGAGGAACAGUGGAACCCAGUCACAGCCAGGUGCAGCGCCGCGCUCCAUUUCCAAAAGCGUACCUCGAAGGGAUCCAUCGGCGACCAGAGAGGGGAAAAUGGUAUCUCCUGCUGUUGUAACAGGGGGGAGAGGGAGAAAAAUGACGCCCGUGGCAUCCGCACCGGUAACUAAUCGAACAAGUGAGGAGGGAAAGCAAAAGGAUGAGUAUGGAAGGCAAGGUCGCGCAAAUCAGCGAGCACCGUCUGCGGGAUCGAGGUUGAGGAGGGUAUCAUCCGAAGGCCGUGUUUCAUCUCCUGAAAAGACUCAGCGUGGCGGAAUGACCAAGUACCCGCAGCGCUCUAGAAGUCUGAACAACCAAUUACGUUUCACUUCAGCCAAUCCUUGCAGCACAGGUGCCCGCUCGCAAUCACCCUCGUGCGAAAUCAGGCUCAAAACAGGAGAGCCAAUGAUGCCGGAGUGGAUACCCAUAGGGCUAGUUAUCUCCCCUGAACGACUUACCGUUGAGGCGCAAACGGCAGAAGCUUCUGCCUCCGGUAUUGAGCGGGGUGAUAUUAUUAUGGAGGUAGAUGGAAAACGUGUUCGCACAAUCAGGGAUGUUCGCAGUGUGUUGUCCAGUGGACUUGCUUCGCAUGUAUUUGUGACGGUGCGAAAAAGAAAUAAAGCAAUUGCCGCGUAUCGGAUCCCACGCAGUGACGGUUGCAGAUAG